AUGAGGUGGGAAGUUGAGACAGAUGAGGCGGUCCUGCAGCGGCGGCAGAAGCAGAUAGACUAUGGCAAGCGCACACCUGGUUACCAGUGCUUUCUGCAGCAGGUCCCCAGGGCACAGCGACAGCCUGAGUUUCACCCUCAAACACCAAACAAAAACAGGAGGUACAGUCGCCAAUCCUGGGAUGCCCAGAUCAGGCAAUGGAGAAGAGCCCUGCAUACCUGGGACCCCCCAAGCCAGCCUCUGCAUGACAGGGAGGCUUUGGGGAAGGCAACUAAUAACUUCCUAAGGCCAGUGGAUUAUACUCCUUUGGAUGAUCUCCUGGAUGACUGGCUUCAGGCCCCGGAAUCCUCAGAGAAUUGGGACAGAAGCCAGAAAGAGGCCCAGUUUGCAUACUUGAAGGGUCCUGUUUCCUCCCCUCCCAAGCUCAAAGAGGAAGAGCCUCACCACUGA